AUGGAUAAGAAAGAGACGCCUGUCCAGUGGCACAUCAAAAGACGCUACUACACAAGGAUUUUGUUGCAGCGAGGAGGCGGCGGGGAGCAGCUCCCCUCUUGCCCGGGCGACGGCGGCGAGCGGCAGGUUCCCCGCGCGGUGCCUCAAGAGCGGCAGCCCAGGGGCAUUUUGAACGGGGAGACAAGGAGCGGGGCGGCGACCGGGGCGGGGGAGCGUGGGGAGGGGGGGAAGGAGGAGGAGGAGGAGGAGGAGGAGGAGGAGGAGGAGGAGGAGGGGCGGCGGCGGGCUGAGGGUCCAGGCAGCCGAGCGCUGCCUCCGCCUGCCUUCCCUCACGCACGCACGCACCGAACGGGCACCCAGCAACGCAGCCAGGCCAGAGCCGCAUACCAGUAUCCGCUCUUACCAUUGGAGGACGGAGGACACCCCGUGACCCGGCAGGAGGUCGCCUUCAUCCCCCUGCUGCCAUGGCACGCUGGGCGUGAGGAAAAUAAUGGGGGCCGUGAGGAAAAUAAUGGGGAGCGUGAGCCCCCCACGGCCUCGUCCCGAGCCCCGGCACCCCCGUGGCCCACGCAGGCGGGUGGGCAUCGGCCACGCGGCCCAGCCCCGGGAGACGCACGAGGCCUGGCGCGAAGGCGGAGGAGCGGCACCGGUGUCGGUGAACGGCACGGUGCCCUUCGGCCGGGGCUCCGCGGCGGUAUUUUGUACACGAGUGUUUCUUCCCAGUCGUCUCCUUGCCCUGAAUAAGUAAAC